GACGUUUAGAGGGUUUUUAUUGUGAAAGAAACACACAUGGGAUAUUUCCAAAUUUUUUGGAACAAUCCAGAUUUUAGAGUGUAUAAAAUCGGUGUAAAUAACAGAAGGCUUUCACUCGGUGACCGAGUAGAUGAACUGAUUCUGUCAAAAGAUAGCCGAAAGAAAGAAGGCGCGUGGCAUGAUUCAUGAUUUUAGUGUUCAAAAAGUCAACACACAGAUGUGUUCAAAUGGAAACGACUGUCAACAUCUGUCUCCAGGUCUGCUCGAGCUGAAGGUGAAGCAGGAUUUUCGGGGGGCUCUCUAUGAGGCAUUUGCUGUCUUCUGAAAAGCGACGAGGAGGAUGGUCUUUGCUCUACAUGUAAUUGUCAUGUCUUCGGCUUUUUUCAAUCCCAGUUUUGCCUUCAGUUCUCACUUCGACACAGAUGGGGCUCCACUGAGCGAGCUGUCUUGGCCUUCAUCUCUGGCAGUGGUAGCUGUCUCCUUUUCUGGCCUCUUCACCUUCGUCUUCCUCAUGCUGGCUUGCCUCUGCUGCAAGAAGGGAGACAUUGGCUUCAAGGAGUUUGAAAACACAGAGGGAGAGGAGUACCAGGCAGAUCUCUCCGCCCUGGCCUCGCCUUCCUCCCAGAAUGGCCCCGAGGUUUACAUCCUUCCACUCACCGAGGUCUCCCUGCCUGUCUCCAAACAACCUGGCAGAUCCAUCCAACUGCUGAAAUCAUCAGACCUUGGACGCCACAGUCUGCUCUAUCUGAAGGAGAUUGGAAAUGGCUGGUUUGGCAAGGUUCUGCUGGGCGAGGUCAAUGCAGGCCUCAGCACCACCCAGGUGGUGGUGAAGGAGCUGAAGGCCAGUGCCAGUGUCCAGGACCAGAUGCAAUUUCUUGAAGAGGUCCAACCAUACCGAACCCUCCAGCACCCUGCCCUCCUGCAGUGCUUGGCACAAUGUACAGAGGUUACUCCUUUUCUGUUGGUCAUGGAGUUUUGCCCUAUGGGUGAUCUGAAGAGUUACCUCCACAGCUGUCAAGUAGCUGAUUCUGAGACACCUGACCCGUUGAUCCUCCAGAGAAUGGCAUGUGACAUUGCUUCAGGGCUUCUGCACCUUCACAAAAACAACUUCAUCCACAGUGAUCUGGCCUUGCGAAACUGCCUGCUAACAUCAGAAAUGUCAGUUAAGAUUGGAGACUAUGGACUUUCUCACAGUCGGUACAAGGAUGACUAUUAUAUAACACAAGACCAGAUUUGGGUACCCCUGCGCUGGAUUGCACCUGAACUCAUAGACGAGGUCCAUGGAAACCUGUUGGUUGUUGACCAAACUAAAAGCAGCAACAUAUGGUCAUUUGGGGUGACUUUGUGGGAGUUGUUUGAGCUGGGAAACCAGCCGUAUAGACACUACUCUGACAGACAGGUCUUGACAUAUGCUGUGAAGGAACAGCAGCUUAAACUACCCAAACCCCAGCUCCAGUUCCCCUUGGCUGACCGCUGGUACGAGGUAAUGCAGUUCUGCUGGCUGCAGCCAGAGCUGAGACCCAGCAGUGAGGAAGUACACCUUCUGGUCACAUACUUGUGUGCCAAAGGCUCCAGUGAAGCUGAGGAAGACUUUGAGCAACGCUGGAAUGCCUUGAGACCCAAUUUGCUUGGCAGCACCUCUCACACAGCUACAUCCACAGCUCUAGUUCUAACCCCUACACCAGCCUCAGCUGAUGCCCCUAAUACAGACCAAACUCAAGCAGUGGAGCUGGCCUCCUCUGCUUCAUCCUCCUUCCCCCUCUUGGAGCACUUCUCUGACAGCUUCCACUCUGACACGGGUGAUGACCUACUGACUGUCACAGAGACCAGCCAUGGUCUCAACUUUGAAUACAAAUGGGAGCAGGCCCGAGCUGAGCAACCCUACUGCUCCUCCUCCACCAGUGGUCCACUGGGCCAAGGGAACCCACACUACCAGGAUAUCUACUAUUCAAGCAAGGGAAGCACCACAGGGGGCUGCAAGACUGAUAGCCUUACCUCAAGCAUGUCCCCAUCCUAUUAUGAACCCCAACACCCGAGUGUGGUUCCAGUAUUGAGUGCCCACAGCCCCUCAGUCAGCAGUGAGUACUACAUUCGCAUAGAGGAACCAGUAGAGUGUAACAUUAACCUGGAUGACAGCAUUGUGGACUACAGCCCAGGAUUAGAAGUCAGUGACAGUAGAUUGUUAUCUGAGAGUGAAACUUGUUCAAUCACAGCACAGCCCAGCGCAUACUGGUCAACUGCUGAUAACAUCAAAUCCACUGCCUAUGACUCUGAUUCAAGUCCCACUAACCAACUAACCAAGGAACCACUGCUCAGACACAUAUACAGCACCAGCCCCCCACAAUUAGGCCACUCCCAAAAUUGCCUUUCGGCCAAUCUCAAUGACUCUGCAGAAAGGCCAGCAGAGUCUAAGGAGCAGUUAGAGAACCCACGCAGUUUAUCACAAGCAGUCAGUAGCCCCAGCUUAGGGUUCUGUGAUCCCUACCUUGAAGCAAACACAAAUCAUAGCACAGUUAAUGAAAGUUGCCAUAAUAUGGUAGGUCAUCUUAGAAAGAGACUAUCUAUUGUUAACCACAUCGGAAUUGAUGCAGGAACUGCUGACGGCGUGCUUUUGGGUCAACAGAGAAGUGGAGAAAUCGAGGAUGACCUUUUCUCCGACGGAGAGGCCACAAACUGGAUCUCAAAUCAUUCUGCAAACAAUAACAGCCUGAGCUUUGACACAAGGCAGACAGGCAGUGGAAGUGACAGCUAUCUGGAUCUGCAGUAUACCGGUCAGUCAACCACAACAGAAUUAUGGUCUUUAACCAAAGCCACCACCAGAACCUUCCACAGCUCCAGGUCUUGUGGUGCCUCAGAAGGAGGAGGACGAGGAUCUGACUGUAAUAGUUGUAGCAAACCAACUGAUUUAGGCUCAUACAUUCACUUAUGCCACCAAGAAAAAGAGGAAGAUGCCUUUCAAGUGGAAAGGAACAUAACUGCAGAUAAUGUGCAAAGUACCGAUUCUCUCACAGAUGCAAGAAUAAAUACCAGAGAUAGAGAGGGUGGAAAAUAUGAAACACAAUCAUUUCUUAAUGGAGAGAGAACGUAUUCUGAAAUGAUACCUGAGGCAAGCCACAUAAAAUCACCAUCCUCUUUUAGGAAGCCUCAGGCUAGUCAAGCAGGACAACUGUCAGAUAAGCAGAGAAGUAAGAUCUGGGAGGGCAUUUCGACAGGAGUAUCUUUUGAUCUGAGCGACAAGAAGCUAAACUAUGCAGAGACACCUGAGAGAAGCAGAACAUUAGAUAGUGGAGUUGGGGUAAGAGACUCCAGCAUAUGCCUGGUUGAACUUGGUGACUACAGUGAGGAAGAAGAUGACAUUACAGAUAUUACUUCAGGGAUCUUUGCCGACUUCAACCUAGACUAUGCUGAGAUAGAGGAGGAAGAGCUCAGCCCGCAGAAGAAGCCAGAGGCAGCUGGUGACUCUGUAGACACCAACAACCUGUUUUCAUCAAUGGCAAGCCCGUUAAGCCCUGAUCCCUUCAAUAUCCCAGUCCUGCCCAAAUCGCUUGAUAGCGGCUAUGACACAGAGAACAACGAAUCUCCAGAGUUUAUUUUUAAAGAGCUUGGAGAUCCCCUGGGUGGUGAGAGGAGCCCUAGGCUGGGCGGAGAAUCCGAGCUUGUUUUGCAGGUGGGUUUAGGACAAGGGGUCUGCACUUCCACAAGCAACUCAGAGGUACAGUUAAAAAGUCUUACCGAGAAGAACCCCUACAGGGACUCAGCCUAUUUUUCUGACUAUGAAGAGAGGAGUCCCCAAGAGGACGGCAGUAAGUUCUUUGCAGGUCCACGUAACUGUCACCCCCCUGCUGAGAAACCAAGCUUUUUAGGAAAUAAUCAUGCUGUAGAAAAGAAGUUUGCCAAUGGGGAAACUUUAACAAAUCUGAGACACAUCAAAAAUUGUCUUUUGGUGAAUCUCUCAGAGGCUGACAAUAGUUCACCCCAUUCUCUUCCCACCCCUGGGUUGUCUAUGCUGUCACCGUUUCCUCCACAGAUGGGUGGCUGCCUCACCAAAGAGUCCGCCCCUGCAGAUGAUGAUCUUGGGUUGGAGACAGAGCACUCAGGAGACGAACCUUCCACAGAGCUUAACCCCGCCAUUGGAUCUGAGCCAAAUUCCACUGUCCCGGAUGCCCAGGAAGAGGGGAGCAGGAGAGAAGAAGACUGCUCCAAUUUCCAGUCAUUGCAUACUGGCUCCAUCAUAACCAACAACGACAAUGACGAGUCCCCCAAAGAAAAUGAAAAUGGUGAUGGAUCCACAGAGGAGGAGGAGCUACCCGAAUUCAGUCAUGUCAACGAGGAGACAGACGACAGAAGGGAUGGUGCGAGAAUAAAUGAGGAAGAAUUUGAGGACAUAGACGCAGAGGAAUGUGACUCACAAGACAGUUUGUGUGGAGAAUCCAAUGGUCCUCUUGACCUGUCCACUUCCUCAUCAUUGCUGGAGCUUUGUGGAGAAGAUGUAAGAGCUCCACUGGAGGAGGCAGAGGAUGAAGAUGACUCGGAUGAUAGCGAGUCUGAUGAAGAGCUGAGGACCUACAACAUUCAAGAUGAAGACAGUGAGGAGAGUGAGGAGGAUUUCACCGCAGUGCCGGUGGUGGUGAGUGACUGCAGCAGAGCUAGACACCUCCGCAGCCUCCUGAAGAUGCCCGGCCUGCUCACCGAAUCCUUCUGUGAGGAGUUGGAGAGGAAGAAAAAAGCGGUGUCUUUUUUUGAUGAUGUCACAGUGUUCCUUUUUGACCAGGAGAGCCCCACAGGAGAGCUGGCCGACUAUUCCUUCUCAACAGAAGUAGAGUCGAGUGGAGAGGAAACAUCAGAGACAAAAAACUUUGACCAGCAGCCCCAACCUGACCCUGAACUUGAAGUUCAGUCAUGUGAAUCACCCUGUGUUUCUAAACAAACAGAUGGAAACAAAUCAGAAGAGGGUGGGAACUGCGAAUUGGAAGAUGACCUGUCCUUUGAGCCCUGUCCAUCCUCACCUGUCACCACACUUGAGCCUGCAUUAACACCCACUUCUCUCUCCAACAGUCCCGAGGCACCUAAACCAGCCGCUGUAGCACUUAAUCGUUUUAUGGUGUCACGAUUCUCUAUCACACAUGUUUGCGACUCCCAGAUGAGCUCAGCAAAAGGGAACAGUGACGAUAAUCCAAAAGACUGAGAGUGCCCUGCCACCACGAUGAGAGAAGGUCGAUUCCAGGUUCUUCUCAACACAGAAAAAGCAGCAUUAUUAUAUCUAGAUGUUUUACAGAGUUUUAUUUUUUAAUCGACCUUUGGGGCAUCUGACCCUGGUGACCCUUUCUGAGACAGUGCCUCAUAUUAUAGUGAAGUACCCCGAAUGAUUUGCACACUAUUAUUAUUAUUUUAUUUAUUUUUUAUGAAGAAAGAGCAAUAGCUGCACGGAUGGCAACCUGAAGAAAGCGAAGUGUUAUUGUCUGCAGAAAUAGAAAUAGUUUUGACAUGCAGUAUUUAUUUGCUAAAUGCGGCAUCAGUUCGUUUUCGUGACCUUACAGUUCUUUUAAUUUGUGAAUUAUAAAAAUAAUCCCCCCAAAAAAAGGAAAAAAAAAGUGAAAUGACAGACAUAGCUGCUCCUCUCAUUGGCUGCCUUUGUCCAUCUGCUUACCAUCUGGCAUUUUCUGGCAACUUAAGACUGUUACGGCUCUCAUUGUUGGUGCCAGAAAACAGUGCUUGAUGAUUGUUACAUAAGCAACUACAAUGGAUUUUCAAACAAAAUAUUUGACUUCAAUGAAAAGUUAUGGCUGGUGAUGAUGGUGGAGCUGGAGGUGCUUCAUCCUAAUUUGUCACGUUAUCAAGGUUGCAUACAAAUCACCACUGUGGGACUUUGUGGAUUUAAUGUUAAUGGCAACAUAAUACAGAAAACCAGGAUGUUACCACUACCAUAUUCUCCACCACUCACUCUACUUAACGACAACCCACAGCUCUCCACACCUUUCUGAAACACUUUGUGUUCCCCACGUUGCUCUUCGUGUCCACAGUCUGCAACGAAUCAGCUGAACAAUGAGAUUCCCCCAUUAGUGUCCACGUGCCGUUUAUAGAUUUAGUUGGGAUUUUUUUUAAAUAAAUUUGAUCAUAAGUAGAAUGACUUUAAAAGGGACUUAGAUGUGUCACCACUGUUGAGUGGUGUCAGUAUCAACAUGCCAGUUAUAAAUGUUGAAUGUCAGUUAUCAUUUUCGCAUCUUUUCUACAUCUAGGUCUUGGUCUCAUCCAUUAUGCAUCUGUUAUGUUAGUGCUGAAUGAAUCGGGUAUGAGGUGAUAAGGGAAAGAAAAAAAGACAUUCAAAAUAGGACAAUUGUAUGAAUCCUAUAUCAACAUGUAGCAGGUAGCUUGACUUGAAUUACUACUGCUGUAUCGGCAGCUCACUCCCCCCUCUCUAUCCUCCUGUAGCUCCAAGUGCCAAUUCAGUUUCCUCUUUCCUUGCCUUUGAAGUUCUGCAAGAAGAGAAAACAUUGCGAGUAUUUUUGUAUAGAGAAUUUGAAGAAGAUGCAAUCCAGGAUGAUAGUCUCUCAAAUUUGCCAAAGAGAUAUUUCAAAGCCCAUUGGCUAAAGUGGCAGACGCCUUUGGAGAAGGUGAGGUGGGCUGUUCUAUGCACCGGUAGUAACAUCAUUGCUCUUUCCAUUCAUCCCUCACUCACGGCUGUUGUACUAUCCAAAACAAAUAAAUCCAAAUACUUUU